AUGCCCCGCAGCAGCAAAGGCGAAGGUGUUGCUGCUGCAGCAGCAGCCGGUGGAUCUGGCAGCAGCAGGAUACAGCAGCAGCAGCAGCAGCAGCAGAGGCCUCACCAAGAGCACCAACAGGGACAGGCUGAAGCAGCCCAUGUAGCACCGAAAGAAGCAGAUGCAGCAGUAGCAGCAGCAGCAGCAGCAGCAGCUGACGUAGACUUGAGGAAGGAAGCAGCGAAAGAGAUGCCCCGCAGCAGCAAAGGCGAAGACGCGAAGACACCAGUGCUGCAGCAGAGUACUGAGACGCAGCAGCAGCAGCACCAGCGGCAGCAGCAGCAGCAGCAACCGCUGCAGCAGCAACUGCAACGGCGCUCAGUGUCGGAUGCAGAUCGAGAGCAGCACAGGAGAGAGCGUAUAGAGCAGCAGCAGCAGCAGCAGCCGCAGCAACCGCUGCAGCAGCAACUGCAGCAGCAGCGGCAGCAGCAACAGCACCUAGCGCAGCACCACCAGAGGAACCAAGAUCAUCAUGCAGCAGCUCACAGCGGGAAGCAACAGCACCGUCAUGUGCUGCAUCCAGCUCCACAGCAGCAGCAGCAGCAGCCGCAGCAGCAACAUCAGCAGCAGCAACAUCAGCAGCAGCAGCAACAGCAGCAGCAGCAGCAGCAGCAGCAGAAGAGAGAUUGUGAAAUGGAUGGGGUUCUUCCUGAUGCUGCUGCUCGCAGCGCUAUCAGUGCUGAGUGUCUGCCUGGCUUUGCUUCGCUCAGCUGA